UCUGAAGAGGUUGAUGGUUUUCCUGUCUCAUUUUUUCCUUCCAGAAUGGGUUCUGGGUGGGUUCCCUGGGUGGUAUCUCUGCCAGUGCAUCUAAUUAGGCUGGAUUCCUCUAUGACUUUGCAACCAGAGGUGACAGCGUAUCUGGAAAGACCCCCAAUGCUGUGCCACUUCAGUGUGCUGCUGUGCUCUGUGACAGGCUUCUAUCCAGGGGACAUCAGAAUCAUGUGGUCCUGGAAUGGGCAGGAGGAGAGCGGGGUCAUGUCCACUGGCCUUACCAGGAAUGAAGACUGGACCUCUCAGACAGCGGUGAGGCUGGAGACGACUCCAGAACUGGGAGAUGUCUACACCUGCCUUGUUGAUCAUGUCAGCCUGCUGAGCCCUGUUUCUGUGGAGUGGAGAGCCCAAUCUGAAUAUUCUUGGAGAAAGAUGCUAAGUGGAGCCUUCCUGUUUGGGCUGAUCUUCCUAUGUGGAUUCCCCAUCCACCUUAGGGCUUGGAAAGAUCGUCCUCUUAGUUCUUUGGCCAGAGUGGGACAUCAUGGGGAAGAGAUGUCUCAGGAACUGUUCUUCCACCAUGGAAAUACCAAGGUCCUAACUGAAGCUUCGCCCCUGGAGCCUGAAGUAGCACUGAGUGGCAUGGGCCAAAGUAAAGGGCAUUCAUGAGGAAUCACUGAUGCUCAUUGCUGAGGUCCCUCGGUUCACUGGGGAUUGCAGAUUUGGUUGUGCAAGGAUGCAAAGUGUUUCCACCUAUGCCUCCAUCUUGGCGGAAGUCGAAAAUAUUUUUAAUAUACUUUUAAAAAUAAAGCUUUCACAGGCAUCCCUUGGAGAUAUUGCAAGUUCGGUCCUAGACCACCACAAUAAAGUAUCUCAACAAAGCAAGUCACGUGAAUGUUUGGGUUUCCCAGAGCAUGUAAAAGGAAUGUUUCCACUGUACUGUUCUGUGAAGUAUACAGUAGCAUCAUGUCUAAAAGUAAUGUAUGGACUUCCGCCAAGAUGGAGGUAUAGGUGGAUGUGCUGUGCCUUCUCACACAACCAAGUUUAGGGACAACUAAAUAUUAGCAUCAGAAAACACAACCAGAACACGGAAAAUUAAACUUUUCAGAAGUCCGUUAACAACAAAUUCUUCAGCCCGACCGGUAAGGGGCGAAACCGGCGUCUGGUGAGGGGUUGCACAGGAGGACUCGGUCGGACGGACCCAGGCGCGGAAUCCAGACAUGUGAAUCCAGAUGCACGGGUUCCAAAUGCAGGAUUGGACCUAGUGAGCGAACGAGCAACCCACCCGGUGAGCGACUGCAGAGGAGACAGUGGGGAGGCGGUGCUGCGUGUUGACUGUGGUCGCCUAUUUGCGCGAGCGGACAGGCGAGGGAGUGGGCGGUUGGACCGGCUGCGGCGGUAGAGGGCGCUGCCAUUUCCCCGCUCUGACCACGCCUCCACAUACAGCGUCACAACCCAGCGACCUGGGACUCCAAGGCGCCGCUUCUCACACUUAAAGGGCCAGAACAGACCAAAAAUGUUGCAAGAAGACCUCAAAGCCCCAGAGAUAAAUCUAAGCGAUGAAGAAAUAGCAAAACUCUCAGACACACAGUUUAAAACACUGGUCCUCAGGAUCCUCACAGAUCUGGUUGAUUAUAGCCACAAAUUAGAGAAACAUAUGAAGGCUAAACUAAUGGAAAUGAAUGGAAUUCCACAGGAAACCAAUAGCGAUGAAAAGGAAACUGGGACUCAAAUCAAUGGAGUGGACCAGAAGAAAGCAAAUAAUGGCCAAACAGAAAAGAAUCAAGGAGCAAGAAUUCAAAGAAAUGAGGAGAGUCUUAGGAACCUCCAGGACAUCUUUAAAUGCUCCAAUAUCCGAAUUAUAGGGGUACCAGAAGGGGAAGAGGAACAGCCACAAGUGCAAAACUUAUUUGAACAAAUAAUAAAAGAAAAUUUCCCCAAUCUGGCAAAGGAAAUAGACUUCCAAGAAAUCCAAGAAGCUCAGAGAGUCCCAAAAAAGUUGGACUCAAGAAGAAACACACCAAGGCACAUCAUAAUUACAUUAGCCAAAAUUAA